UCAGCGCAGCUGCUGCUGGUACCUCUGGCGGAUGACGGUGAGCUGGACGCAUUUCAGCACCUGGGAGCUGUCCGCCGUGCACGAGCCUGCCGACAACUGACGGUGAGGAUGGCGAAGGUGAAGCAGGUGGGCCUGUUGGCAGCAGGCUGUCAGCCGUGGAAUAAAGACGUAUGUGCGGCCAGCGGAGACCGCUUCGCCUACUGUGCUACGCUAGCUAUAUACAUCUACCAGUUGGAUCAGCAGUACAAUGAGUUUAAAUUGAGGUCCAUCAUGUCAGAACACAAGAAGACCAUAACAGCGAUCAGCUGGUGCCCCGACAACCCUGACCUGUUUGCUUCAGCCUCAGCCGAUAACCUCCUCAUCGUGUGGAACGUAGCAGAGAAAAAGGCGGUGGCGCGACUCGACAACACUAAAGGCGUCCCCGUGUCCGUCAGUUGGUGCUGGAACUCGGCCGACGGAGUGGCGUUCGUCUCCCAGCGCGGUCCGCUGUACAUCUGGGUCUACCGAGGUCCCGAUCCUGGGGUCACGGUGCAUAAAGAAGCCCACUCCUUCCUGUCUGACAUCUGUCUCUUCAGAUGGCACCCCACCAAGAAGGGGAAACUGGUGUUUGGACACACAGACGGGAGCCUGUCGGUGUUUCAGCCAGGGAGUAAAAGCCAAAAGCACGUCCUGCGUCCGGAGUCUUUAGAGGGGACAGAUGAGGAGGACCCUGUCAGUGCCUUGGAGUGGGACCCUUUGUCAAGCGACUAUUUACUAGUGUCUAACCUUCAUAACGGCAUCCGGCUGGUGGACAGCGAGGCCUUGGCCUGCAUCACGUCGUUCUGCUUCCCCUCAGCUGCCGCGUCCGUGCAGUGUUUGGCCUGGGUCCCGUCUGCGCCCGGCAUGUUCAUCACCGGAGACUCACAGGUCGGCGUGCUGAGAGUGUGGAACGUGUCUCGCUCGACUCCGCUGGACAGCUUUAAGCUGAAAAAGACGGGAUUUCACGCUUUGCAUGUCCUCAACUCCCCACUGGCCAAGAAAGCUCAGAGCUCCUGCUCCCCCAGUAAGAGUCAGUACACCAGUUCCACCAGUGAGGCGGUCCCUCCCCCGACCCUGUCGCAGAACCGCUCCUUCUCUCUGCCUCCGGGCCACGCCGUCUGCUGCUUCAUGGACGGAGGCGUGGGGCUCUACGACAUGGGAGCCAAGAAGUGGGACUUCCUGCGAGACUUGGGUCACGUAGAAACCAUCUUCGACUGCAAGUUUAAGCCCGAUGAUCCCAACCUGCUCGCCACGGCCAGUUUCGAUGGAACCAUCAAGAUCUGGGACACAAACACUCUAACAGCUGUUUACACCUCCCCCGGAAACGAAGGAGUGGUCUACUCCCUGUCCUGGGCUCCGGGAGACCUGAACUGCAUCGCGGGGGCGACGUCCCGUAACGGAGCGUUCAUCUGGGACGUCAGGAAAGGAAAAAUCAUCACUCGCUUCAACGAGCACGGUAAAAACGGCAUUUUCUGUAUUUCCUGGAGCCACAAGGAUUCAAAGCGGAUCGCUACCUGCAGCGGAGACGGAUUCUGCAUCAUCCGGACCAUCGACGGUAAAAUCCUGCACAAGUACAAACACCCCGCUGCUGUGUUCGGCUGCGACUGGAGCCAGAACAACAAGGACAUGAUAGCGACGGGCUGCGAGGACAAGAACGUGCGCGUGUACUACCUGGCCACGAGCUCGGACCAGCCCCUGAAGGUGUUCACGGGGCACCUGGCCAAGGUGUUCCACGUUCGCUGGUCCCCCCUGAGAGAGGGGAUCCUGUGCUCUGGAUCGGAUGAUGGGACUGUUCGUAUCUGGGACUACACGCAGGACGCGUGCAUCAAUGUGCUGAGCGGGCACACGGCUCCGGUCAGAGGCCUGAUGUGGAACACAGAGGUGCCUUACCUGCUCAUCUCAGGUUCCUGGGAUUACACCAUCAGAGUGUGGGACACCAGAGACGGCACGUGUUUAGACACAGUCUACGACCACGGAGCCGACGUGUACGGUCUCACGUGUCAUCAGAGCCGUCCCUUCACCAUAGCGAGCUGCAGCAGGGACAGCACGGUGAGGCUGUGGUCCCUCACGCCGCUCAUCUCCCCUCUGCUGCUGAACGUCCUCACCGACCAGCCGUGGGAGAAGAUCAUCGGAAACACAGACACAGCUAUGGUUCCUGGCUCACCGCCGCUGCUCUGUGGAAAAGUGUCCAGAGACAUCAAGCAGGAGCUGGACAAGCUGAGCUUCGACAUCAGAGCCAAGAAGCUUCGCUGGUUCUCCGAAUGCUUUUCGCCUCCAGGUGGCAGCAGUAACCUGUGGGACCUGGUGUCAGUGAUUAACGGCCAGGACGACUCGCUGCUCCCAGCCAGCUACAGCAAAGGAGUGAUGCACAUGAAGCACCUGCUCAAGUUUAAAACCUCUGAAGCUCAGGAGCUGACCAUCGUGAAGAUGUCCAAAUUCGGAGGAGGAAUCGGAGCGCCGAGCAAAGAGGAGCGGCUGAAGGAAGCCGCAGAUAUCCAUCUGAGGCUGGGACAGAUCCAACGAUACUGUGAGCUGAUGGUGGAGCUGGGACAGUGGGAGAAAGCGUUGUCUGUGGCACCGGGAGUCUCCAUGAAGUACUGGAAGAAGCUCAUGCAGAGGAGAGCGGACCAGCUGAUGGCCGAGGAUAACGACGACGCCAUCCCGUACUGCGUCGCCACGGGAGACAUCAAAAAACUGGUGACGUUCUUCAGUGGGAGAGGACAGCUGCUGGAGGCCUUACUGAUAGCACAGGGAGCGUGCGAGGGGAACAUACGUGCACCUCAAAGCUCUGCAGGCAACCACACGACUAAUGACGUGGACAACAGGCAGCAGUACCAGAGUCUCCUCCAUAAGGUUUGUAAAGACCUCGCCGAGUGGUACUUCCAGGACGGAUGCUCUGUGCUGGCGGCGUGCUGCCACCUGGCUGUGGACGACGUCGAGUUAGCCAUGUCCAGUCUGAUGCGAGGUAACGAGCUGGAGCUGGCCGCGUGCGUGGGCAUCGUCCUCGGAGAGGGGGCCAAUCAGAGCACGGCUUACUGCCUUCAGCUCCUGGCCAGGAAGUACAUGACCAAUCCGACAUGGGAGCUGUCAGCUGACCUGCUGCGAAUGAUUCCCGACAACCACGUCUUAUUGGCUAAACUCUGCGCGUUUUACCCGGGGAGUGCUGCUGAAAUCAACCAGCUGCAUGAAAGGUGCGGCCUGCCUUCACUGGAGGAGUGUAAGGCGCUGGCAGAAGAAGCUGUGAAUGAAGGAGAUUUGUUUUCAGCGGUUAAAUUCCACCUGCUGAGCCCCGAGCCUGAGGUCGCCCUGCAGAUCGGGAUAAACCACGUCAAAGAACAGCUGGCUGGAUCUGAUUGGACGGUGGAUGACGUUCAGCCAAUCCUGGACCUGAUGAGUUACAUCAGAACUGACCGCCUCAUCACGACCAAGACCACCGAAGCCCGCAGUGAGCUGCUCAUCCUCUGUGGUUAUAUUGGAGCGCUGCUGGCCAUUAGAAGACAGUACAGCAGCAUCGUACCUGCACUCUACGAAUACACCAGCCAGCUGCUGAAGCGGCGAGAGGUGUGUGUCCCUCUGAAGAUCGAGCAGCUGUCCGUGGAGCUGGACGCCUGGAGGGCCUGCACGCAAGCUAACAGCAUCCCCCCGUCAGAGUGUCAAAGAGAAGAGUUCAGCUGCCUGCAGAGGAGAAUCCAGCCGAGCCACAAAGGUGCGUUGCUCCUCUGCGGUGCUGACUACGUGACGGGCUCCAACCUGCCGAGUCACUCAGACCUCCAGCUGUCCUGCUUCACCGGGCAGAGAAUACAGGGUCCGGUGUUUUUGCUGGAGGACAAUAAAUCAGCCAUCUCACUCAACGAUGCUUUAAUGUGGGCGAAGGUCAACCCCUUCUCCCCGCUGGGGACGGGCCUCCGCAUCAACCCCUUUUAACACACACGAAGAAGAGGAAGACGGUCACGGCGGCCAUGAGACAGAAACCAGCGGCUGAAGCUCAAACACUUUUUGCCAACUGAAGUUUCAGAGAAGCUCAAAGCUUUUGUAGAUUUUGAUAUUGGUUAGCGUGAUGAGAAUGUAGCCAACCAAUCAUGAAGGAGGACUGGUGUUGAAUGUGUCAUACUGGGUAGGACUCCCGCUUCAUUUCCCACAAUGUGAUCAUGUACAUACAGGGUCUAAAUCUGAGUUCUUCUACUGUACAAAGAAAGCACUGGAAUAAAGACCCCACUGAGUAUUUA